AUGAGCUUUGGGAUACACCUCUAUGAUAGCUUCGUCAAUACAAAGAUGACUUAUCAGAACACUCUGAAACUUCUGUCCAGCACAAGAAGGAUUGUCCCCAACUUCAAAUGUGACAAGAAAAGAAAUAUGAUGGCUGUUAUUGGAGCACUUGACUCCGACAUCUCCCUUCACAUGACUACUAUCUUAGGCAUCUACAAGAUUCCACAGCUUCCCUCUUUCCUGAGGAGCAUCUCCUUCAACAACAGCGCUGGGGACUUUGUGUCUUUUGAUGAGAAUGGGGAAUUGGCAGCUGGAUUUGAUGUUCUGAACUGGGUUACUUUCCCCAACCAAACCUUCUCGCGAGUGAAAGUAGGAAAGACAGAACUGCAGGAAUCGCACUAUGUCGACUUCAGCAUGGAUGAAGAAGCCAUCACAUGGCACAAAGCAUUCAAUCAGGUCCUGCCCCUUGGUUUGUGUAACGAUCGGUGCCAGCCAGGCUACAGCCGGAAAAAGAAGGAGGGGCUGCCAUUUUGUUGCUAUGACUGCGCUUCAUGUCCAGAUGGGAUGAUUUCAAAUCAAACAGCCUUGGUCCUUGGCGUCUUCUCUAAGAACAGGGACACUCCCAUUGUCAAAGCCAACAACCGGGACCUCACCUACACUCUGCUCCUUGCCCUGUUGCUCUGCUUCCUCUGCUCCUUGCUCUUCAUUGGCCAGCCUCACCGAGUGAGCUGCUCUUUACGACAAACGGCCUUUGGCAUCAUCUUCUCCAUUGCGGUGUCUUGUGUCUUGGCCAAAACCAUCACGGUGGUUCUGGCGUUCAUGGCCACCAAACCCGGAUCCAGGAUGAGGAAAUGGGUGGGGAAAUCUCUCGCCAACUCUGUUCUUCUGGCUUGCUGCUCACUUCAGGCCAGUAUUUGUGCUCUUUGGCUCUGCACGGCUCCUCCCUUCCCAGAUGUGGACAUGAACUCUCUGGCGAAGGAAAUCAUCGUGGAAUGCAACGAAGGCUCUGCCACCAUGUUUUAUUGUGUCCUGGGGUACCUGGGAUUCCUGGCCAUUGUCAGCUUCACCAUGGCUUUCCUGGCCAGGAAGUUGCCAGACAGUUUCAACGAAGCCAAGUUCAUCACUUUCAGCAUGUUGGUGUUCUGCAGCGUUUGGCUGUCCUUUGUCCCCUCUUAUCUGAGCACCAAAGGGAAGCAGAUGGUGGCUGUGGAGAUCUUCUGCAUCUUGGCCUCCAGUGGAGGCUUGCUCGCUUGCAUCUUCUUCCCCAAAUUGUACAUAAUCCUUCUGAGGCCCGACUUGAACAGCAAAGACCACUUGAUUCGGAGGAGCAAAUAA